UUGAGUCCGGGACAGUCGUGGAGGAGUCUUCUGUUCAUUUUCAUCAUGGCUGCUGUUCAGACUGAGGUUUCCCUGUGCUCACAACCUUCGCAGAGAUCCUUUUACAUCUAUGGGGGGUUGGCAUGCAACUCGCUGAUGGCUGACUUCUGGUCAGACAGAACUCCUCUCCAUGAAGCCGCCUACCAAGGCCGACUGCUACACCUGAGAAGCCUCAUCGCUCAGGGCUUCCAUGUAGACACACUCACCAUGGACAGAGUCUCUCCUCUCCAUGAAGCUUGCAUCGGUGGUCAUUAUGCUUGUGCCAAGUUCCUGCUGGACAAUGGUGCAAAUGUGGAGGCAGUAUCAACCGAUGGCGCCACACCUCUCUUCAACUCUUGCAGCAGCGGGAGUGCUGCUUGUGUCAGGCUCAUGUUGCUGCACAGUGCCUCCAUCCACACCCCCUACCUGCUGGCAUCACCCAUCCAUGAGGCUGCUAAGAAAGGUCACACAGAGUGUCUGGAGGUGCUGCUGUCGUAUGGAGCUCAUAUCGACAUGGAGCUGCCGGUAGUGGGGACGCCGCUGUAUUCUGCCUGCAUGGCCCGGGCUGCAGCCUGUGUCGGGGUGCUACUACACUUAGGAGCAGAUGUCCGAAUCGGGUGUGGGCAGGACAGUCCUUUACAUGCUGCAGUUCGAGGUGAAAGCGCCAUCAUAGUGGAUCUUCUUCUGGACUUUGGGGCUGAUGGGUGUUGUAGGAACGUAGAGGGGAAGACUCCUCUGGAUCUGUCGACGCCAAACAGCGCAGUGAGAAUAGCACUGCAGAAAAAAGGUCCCUGCUCCCUGUCUCAGCUCUCUCGGUUCUGUAUUCGUCGAAGUCUGGGAAGGAGUCGUCUCCACAGAGCCUCUGGCCUCUUCCUCCCUCACAGUAUCAAGGACUUCCUCCUCUACCAAUGAACGUUUCUGCUCUGCUACUGCAGCUCUUUGAUAGAUAGAUAGAUAGAUGGAUGGAUGGAUGGAUGGAUGGAUGGAUGGAUGGAUGGA